AAUAAGUGCCUGGAGGAUAUCAUAAAGCGGCCUUACGUUGCAGAACUUAGAAAAUGUUCGCCGGUAUCAGCAGACAUCUUAGAAAGAGCGGCUUCCAGCCGUUUCUUCGGGCGGGGUCGAGCGCUGCUGCCGUGGAAAAAGCUCGCGAAAGAUUGGUUGACUGCAGGCAAGGAGAAAAAGUUGUGGGGACUUUUUCGAGGGAGGAAAUGCAAAACAGGGUAGACAAAUUGAGAGCUAUGAUGAAAGAGCAGAAAUUAGAGGCCUGUGUUUUUACUUCCUAUCAGAACGUGAACUACUACAGUGACUUUCUGUACUGUGCAUUUGGCAGACCUUAUGGACUGGUCAUUACAGAAGAGGACCACACAGUUAUAGCCGCUAAUAUCGAUUAUGGGCAGCCAUGGAGGCGCUCCUUUGGUGAAGCAGUGACUUUCACUGACUGGCAACGUGAUAGUUUCUACUAUGGCGUCCAAAAGCUUGUUGGAAACCGUUCCAAGAUUGGUUUGGAGCUGGAUCAUAUUAGCGUAGAAAAUUUUGCUAAAAUGAAAAACGCACUACCAAAGGCUGAAAUAGUCGACGUUGGCUUUUCAACCAUGAAAAAUAGGAUGAUAAAAUCGGCCGAAGAAAUUGAGUUGAUCAAGAACGGUGCCCGGAUCGCAAAUAUUGGCGGUUAUGCUUGCCGAGAAGCAAUGUCUGAGAACAAACCCGAAUACGAGGUUGCAAUGGCAUCAACUCAAGCGAUGAUCAGAGACAUCGCAGCGACAUACCCUCAUGCUGAAUUAAUGGAUACAUGGACUUGGUUUCAGUCAGGAAUAAACACAGAUGGUGCCCACAACCCAGUGACAAGUAGAAGACUCCAGAAAGGUGAUAUCAUCAGCAUAAAUUGCUUCCCUAUGAUAGCUGGGUAUUACACUGCACUGGAAAGAACGCUCUUCUUUGAUCAUGCAUCAGAUGCGCAUUUAAAAGUGUGGGAGGCAAAUUGCAGGGUGUUGAAACGAGGACGGGAACUACUCAAGCCAGGUGCUUCAUGUGCAGAGAUUGCGAAGGAGCUUAACGAAAUGUAUGAGGAGGAGAACCUGCUGCAGUACAGAACCUUUGGAUACGGUCAUUCAUUCGGAGUUUUGUGUCACUACUAUGGAAGAGAGGCUGGCCUGGAAUUGCGUGAAGAUAUUGACACUGUAAUAGAGCCAAAUAUGGUCAUUUCUAUGGAGCCAAUGGUGACAAUACCGGAAGGAAUGCCUGGAGCUGGGGGCUACAGGGAGCAUGAUAUAUUGGUUAUGAAGGAGGAUGGGGCAGAGAACAUCACCAAUUUUCCCUUUGGUCCAGAGCAUAAUAUAAUAAAAGGCUAGUUGUUUUAAAGGGAUUACUAGCAUUUUGUACGGAUAAAGGGGAGGGGGAUCACAUUUUGAUUGAUCGAAUUUUGGAUUAUAGAUAGAUAAUUGUAGUUUGAUUCUAAAUUUUUGGGGGUAUAAUUUUAUGUUGAACUAGAUAUCAUAUAUAAUUUUAGGAGUAUAAUUUUGCUAAUUCUAAAGAUUGUAGUGAUUUCUCUACUAAAAGAAUUGUAUAUUGCUUUUAGAGGAUGAAGCAUGCUCUUGAACUCGUUGUAAACGUUUUUGAUUUUUAUGAAUUUGAAUUAUCCGAUUGUUAUCAUUAUAGAGGCCGUAGCAAGUACAUUGCCGUUUUUGUAGAGAGUUUUCUAGUUCUUACAGAGGGAAUCACGAUAAAAAAUCAGACUGAAGUUAGGACAAAGACUGAUUAUAGCAUUCUUACAUUCUUACAUUCUUACAUUCUUACAUUCUUACGAUUUUAGCAUAACAUUACAAUUCUAGGUUGAUAUACGAACAGGGAAGAAAUACAAUGACCAACUUUACUAGUACAUUGAGAAAUACCAACCGGGUGGUUAUCUGGCCGGGACAUUUCUAAAUUGUAGAAAGUAGAAUUUUACAAUACAUACAUGAACGAUUGUAAAAAUUAAGAAUGCAUAGUAAAAAGAAAUAGAAGAAAAACAGUGGACACAGCAGAUAAGAGAUAUUGAAUUUGGCAGGAUAAGAGUAAAGGAAUGAAGUUCUUUAAAUAA